UCCACCAUUGACCAUCACAUAGACAUCUCGAGUCGAUCCUAUGGGAACGCCGGUGGCAUAAUUGAUAAAGCUCGAUUACAUGCGGGAAUUGAUUACUGCGGUCCGGUUUACAAUUUUGCUUCUCUACAUACCAGUCAGGAGUUUACUUGGACCGCCUGGCGAUGGACAGCCCGCUCCUUUCCCCCGCAAAGGCACGUCAAGCAGCCAUUCAGGCCAAAGACUGGGCAUAUGUGAAUUCGUGGCUAAGUCGCCAAUACUCGCCAAAUCCGGUACCGAAUUUUGAACGAAAUGAAGACACCUUGCGUACACUUUUAGCUCUUGCUGCUGCUAACGACGCAGCGGACGAAGAGGCCGCAUUGCUCCACCGUGCGCGCGAGGAAGCGAUUCGGGAAUUCAGAGAGCGGGAGGAAGCUGGGGAUAAACAGAAAAAAGAACUACUGGAUGAGCUGGAGCUUUGCCUCGGUGAGAAUGGAAAACGAGAUCUCGACGAUUUGGCGGAGACGACUGCUGUCCUGGGGGCUCUACGCACAGGGACCAAAGACCUUGGUCAGUCAAUCAUCGAGCUCACAGUAGAGGAGUUUGAUGCUCGGGAGGAACUUUCUAAGGUUGACAUGCUACAAAAGCAUCUGGAAAAGGAACUGGCCUCUCUACAGGAACAACUUGAUCAACUCAAGUCCGAUCCUGCAUUCGAAGUACCUGCAGACCUCCCGGCUCAGACCGCGGAGUGGUCGAGGAGUGCCAAAAUGCUCACUGCAAAACUUACCGAAUACCAAGAUAGGUUAGCAACUUUGGGAAGAAACAGCAGCAAAGGUCCUACAAUCGAAGACUUGGUCACAGAAGAGAAGCAAAUAAGCCAACUGAAAUGCAUCAUUCAGAGUCUGGACCACCGAUUAAGAAUGUUCCAUGAACUGCCGAAGGACGUUCAGGGCGCUCGGGCACAAUACAGGCAGCUCGAGCGAGAAUUGAACCAGCUCAUUGAGCGACGGGACUCGAUGUUUGAGAGUUUAGUGGAGAAGAGAUGAACUACGGAUAUAGGCGAGCAUGGUAUGAAAGCAUGGUUUCUGAAGUGCUAUCGUGGACUCCCAAUGGAAUGAUGAUAUCAAGCUGCCGCAAGCUAUCCAUUCACUUCCAACAC